AUGAGGCCCCCCCCAAACCCUCCCCGCAGAGGGCGCAGCCCCUGGCAGAGCCUCCUGCUCACAGUCUCACUUGUAACCUUCUGGAACCUGCCCACCACUGCACAACUCACUGUUGAAUCAGUGCCGUUCAAUGCUGCUGAAGGGCAGGAUGUUCUUCUACUUGUCUACAAUCUCUCAGAUAAUAUUAAAUCCUAUUUCUGGUACAAAGGAAAAAGGGUACAUGAUAUCUAUCUGAUUGCAGCAUUUGUAAUAGACACUCAAGUAAAUAUUCCGGGACUUGUAUACAGUGGUCGAGAGACAAUACUCCCCAAUGGAUCUCUGCUGUUCCAGAAUGUCUCCCUGGAGGACACAGGAUACUACACACUACAAACCAUAGAUGCAAAUUUCAGCACUGACCAAGUAUCUGGACAGUUCCGUGUACACCAAGCAAAUGCCCCCGGCCUCCCUGUGGGAACCAUCACCGGCAUCGUGACCGGGGUCCUGGUCGGGGUGUCUCUGAUGGCCGCCCUGGGAUGUUUCCUGCUCCUCACAAGGACUGGAAGGACCAGCGUCCAGCGUGACCUCAGAGAGCUCCGGCCCCCAGCGACCAACCCUGGCCAAGGUCCCUCCAACAGCUCCGCCUCGCUGGUAAGCCCUCUCUCCCCUGCCCAGGACCCUUUACCCGGCCCCAGGGCAGCUGUUCCCAUCUAUGAGGUGAGUGUGGGUGAUUAAUGUUCUGGUCUCACAGGCCCAAGGAGACCCAGGAUCUGCCCCCACCCCACACCUGUAGGGCGCAGCCCCUGGCAGAGCCUCCUGCUCACAGCCUCACUUGUAACUUUCUGGAAUCGACCCACCACUGCCCAGCUCACUAUGGAAUCUGUGCCGUUCAAUGCUGCCAAAGGGAAGGAUGUUCUUCUACUUGUCCACAAUCUGCCAGAGAAUCUUCAAGCCUAUCACUGGUACAAAGGGCAAGGAGUGUCCAGCAACCAACGCAUUGUGUCAUAUGUAACAGGCACUCAAGUAAAUACCCCAGGGCCUGCAAACAGUGGUCGAGAGACAUUAUUCCUCAAUGGAUCUCUGCUGUUCCAGAAUGUCUCCCUGGAGGACACAGGAUACUACACACUACAAAUCAUAGAUGCAAAUUUCAACACUGAUCAAGUAUCUGGACAGUUCCAAGUAUAUCAUGAUCCAGUACAAAGAAGUUCUCCUGGCCUCUCAGCUGGGGCAAUUGCUGGCAUUGUGAUUGGAGUACUGGCCGGGGUGGCUCUGAUAGCAGCCCUGGUGUAUUUUCUGUAUUUCAGGAAGGCUGGAGGGGCAAGCGACCAGAGUGAUCUCACAGAGCACAAACCCUCAGCCUCCAACCACAGUCAGGGCCACUCUGACAACUCCCCUUACAAGAUGGAUGAAGUUGUAUAUUCUUCCUUGAACUUCAAUGCCUGGCAACCAACACAACCAACCUCAGGCUCCUCAUCCCAAACAGCCACAGAAACAGUUUAUUCAGAAGUCAAAAGGAAGUAA